AUGAAGCUACUUUCGCUCGUUACAGGUCUGCUGGCCGCUCAUGCGGUUGCAGCCACACCUCGCGUGGUCAUCCCAAGUCUGGAGGAGGCGGCGAAACAGAUUCAAGACCGGCAAGCCAAACGACAGUCCAAUGUCAUAACUACUGGUGCCGGCGGUAGCGGCAUCUACCCUCGAUUAGAAGUCCGCCAGAUGUUCUUCAACAAGCCCAAUCAAUGGACACUUCUUAUACUGGCUAUGCAGCAGUUCCAGGCACAAGAUCAAAACUCCGCGACUUCUUACCACCAGAUUGCUGGUAUCCAUGGAGUGCCACGAGCCAACUAUAACGGUGUUGGCCAAUGCGGCACAUGCGGCGACGCUGAUGGGUAUUGUACCCACGACUCCGUGCUCUUCCCGGGUUGGCACCGUGCCUACAUGGCUUUAUUCGAACAGCAAUUUCUGUCAGUCGUCCAACAGGUUGCCGGACAGUUUCCUGCAUGGCAACAACCUGCUAUGUUCGGUGCUGCUUCGACCAUGAGGUUUCCAUUCUGGGACUGGGCUGCUGCUCCGCGGCCAGGGUAUCCUACCUUACCGAACAUUGUCAGCCAGAAAUACGUCACGGUCAAUGGACCCAGUGGCUCGCAGACCAUAAUCAAUCCACUAUUCCGCCAUGACUUCGCAGACCCAAGUGGGAUGUACUACAGCCCCUUCGUGGACUGGCAUGUGACUCUACGCUAUCCUGGCAGCAAUGCAUGGGACGCCAGUAGCCAAGAAUCCCAAGCUAUUUCAGCAUUCGACAACAUCCGUACGAGCAUGCAGGAUCAAGUCUACCAGCUUUUCUCAACUUGCAGUGACUACUUGCACUUCAGCAAUGACGAUGCCGGAUCGAGUUCUACCAGCUGUUCGAACAGUCUGGAAGGCAUCCACAACACUAUCCACACGACUGGCGGAGGUCCCGGCUCCGCAACUGUCUCUGGUGGCCACAUGACAUAUCUUGCUACUGCCGCAUUUGACCCUAUGUUUUGGCUUCAUCACUGCAACGUCGAUCGUAUCUUCGCCAUGUGGCAAAGCCAACAUCCCAACUCUUACGGUGGUUCGCAGCCAGCACCGCACGACACCUGGACCAUUGCUCAGGGCACGAAUCAAGACGAGAACUCGCCCUUGACUCCCUUCUACAAGGACGGCAAUGGCAACUUCUGGACGACGAACCAGGUCAAAGACUGGACUGUAUUCCAAUAUACGUAUCCUGAAUUUGCCGACAGCGAUGGCAGUCAAGGCGCCAUUGCCAGCUUCAUCAACAAACUCUAUGGCCCAAGCGCAACAGCCACCGCUGGCUCAUCCAAGCGCACAGCUGCUCCCGAGCCACGAAACGAAUGGAGGGCACGAAACACAGCCGCACCAGCCUCUUACAACGCUCCUCGCCAAUCCAGCCCGCUAGUCGCCGCGAACGGCUCUCUCUUCCAAUACGUCGCCAAUAUCAAGACACCCCGCUACGCUCUAAACGGCUCCUACCAAAUCUACCUCUUCAACGGCUCACCCAGCAGCGAAGAACCCACAACCUGGAUCCACGACGAAAAACUCAUCGGACCCAUGGGCGUCCUCUCCCAAGCCAACAAAACCGACCACGACCUCACAGCCGCCGGCUCCAUCCCCCUCACCCGCACCCUCACAAGCGUCGUCAGACAGGGUCUCCUGACCGCCCUCACAGAAGCACUAGUAGUGCCCUACCUCAAGUCGAAUCUCAUGUGGCGCGUAGCAGGCCCCAACGGGACUGAAGUCGAUUCAGCGACGAUCCCAGGUUUCGAGGUCGCGGUCUUUGCUUCUACUGCUCAGCCGCCCAGCUCACAGUAUGAUUUGCCCAAGUGGUCGGAGUUUAUUCCGUUGGUGGAUAUUACGGUUGAUAAGGCGGGGGGUGCGAAUACGAUUGCUAAUGCUACUGCGACGUGA